CAAUUGUACUUCCUGUUGUAGUACGCCCCAAACAAAACAAAGUAGUGCGGCUCUUGUCUCCGCUCUGCUGGGCUAACGAUGGGGGAGGCUGACGUGACACAGACCCAGGCCGACGAGAAGCCCCCGGACUCGGCUUUGGUCCCCGGGGAGGAGUCGGUGGUGUGGAGCCAUGAGGUGGAGGUGUGUCUCUUUCACGCCAUGAUUGGACACAAACCUGUCGGAGUCAACCGUCACUUCCACAUGAUCUGCAUCCGGGACAAGUUCAGUCAGAACAUCGGCCGCCAGAUCUCCUCCUCGGUCAUCUGGGACCACCUGGGAACAAUGUACGACAUGCAGGCGCUGCACGAGUCCGAGAUCUUGCCGUUUCCAAACUCGGAGAAGAGCUUCUCUCUGCCUGAUGACAUCAUCCAGGAAGUGAAAGAAGGCAAGCUGGGCUCUGAGGAGGACACAAAAGAAGAGUUCAGGAUGGAGCGAGAACCUCCAGCGACUCACGAAGAAGGGAGCAACUCCUCGGUGAAGACGUCGGAGCGCUCCAGCGGCAGCCGGGACCGGGAGAAGGGAGGGGCCGAGGGCGGAGCCACGGGAGGAGGAGGCGGGAAGGAGGCGGAGAAGAGGAAGCGGAGUCGAACCACGGAGAAGCUGAUGUCGUCUUCCAACCCCGCGAGCCCUGGAGGGGCCAAAAGGAGGCGCACCUGAUCCGGAGCGGGGUUACCUGUUGCCAUGGAAGCACACUUCCUGUCACAUGACGUGUGGGACAGGAAGCAGCCGGCGUGUCGUCAGAGCGCGCCUUCAUUUAACUGCGCUUCCUCGUUUGCCACCUGAGGCCACACCCCCUCCUUAACCUCCCUGGUCACGUGACCUUUUGUUUACAUGCGACUAGAGACAAACUCAGUUGCUUUGAUCAGCUGACAGGAAGCUUGAGGCAAGUGCACACAGGAAGUGGUCACAGCUGUCGACUAGCAUGCUCAAUUAGCCUGCGAGCUUAGCCUUAGCAUUAGCCCCGCGGAGCUGCUCGCUUUUUUUGCGGUCCGAACUGCGAAUGUUUCGCCGGAGAACAAAAAGCAAUAUGUUUGUAAUUGUUUUAUUUUUCUCUACUUUUUUGAUGUUAUUAGCAUUUAUUUUUACUCUAUUUCCAUUUGAUUUUCUGUCCUUUUGUUCGGACAAGAAGCAGACGUUUCAGUCAUUAAAUGGGUUGAUGAAA